GACGAAAUGCGCGACCUUGUACGAAAAUUGGUCCCUUAUCGAGCACACCUAACUCCCUUACUCUACGAUGGCGGCGAUGCUUUCUCAAGAUCGGGAACGACGGAAUUGGAUUCGUACCUCUGCGGACCGCGAGUAAACGGAAGCAGCAUGCGAUAUUAACUGAACGACAGCCCUGUUGCUCGGCGUUAGAACUCAAAAUCACAACUGAGACGUUCGCUAGGAUAUUCGGCUAACGAUGACUUCUAUUCUGAACAAAGCGUGGCUGUUACCCACGAGGCAAGUGAUCGUACAGCCGAAAAGAUUUCGUGGUAAAAUAAAUAUUCAAAAACCGAGGGAGCCGCACUACAAGAGAGCGACGGUAGAAAAAUUUGUCGAACCGAUAUACUUUAAUGCAAGGUGGGGUAAACCGUUGUCGGAAUUAUGUGCGAACGUUAAAAAUAAACCUUCACCGGAUGAAGCGAAUAAGGCAAAGGAACCUCAUCCGAUGCAAAGAAUCAUCGCUCGGGAGGCCCGGAACUGGUUUGAAAAUUCUAAAAUGGUUGCCUUUUGUCACAUGAACCCCUUUCCUGGAGAGGAAAAAUUCAAUUUUGCCGUCGCUCUGAAAAAGCAUAACAUGCAUUUUAAAGUAUAUGGAAAACCAACGAUAGCGCUCGCUCUUAAGGACACUCCGUUUCUAGCAGUUAAUCGACUCUUCCAAUCCCACAACUUGACAAUAUUCAGUCCAGGGACAGACAUUCAAUCGUUGCUGAAACUCUUGCAGAAGAGACCGGAACUCGUUUUGAUGGCUGGGAUAAUGAACGGGAAGCUUAUGAGCAGAAAUGAGUUGAUGAAUUACGCCGCAAUGGGCGACAUCACGGCGGUCAGAUCACGACUUGUUCAGGUGUUACAAAACGCCGGAGGAGCGAACCUUAAUCGUCAAAUCACGCAUCAUCAGUCGACUCUGGUUUCUCGUUUGAAGCAAAUAUCAACGCCUGAGGAAACGACGUCCGAGUCGCCCGAGGAGAAUGUUGAAUAAUUAGUCGAUAGAAGUACAAAAUGUAACCGUAAUUCCCCUGUCGGAAAUUGAAGUAUGAUUUGUUUUUUUGUUUUUUUAAUAAAAUCUACGUACUAGGAUAAA